UCUUGCAGUUUAGCUCUGAGUGAUUCUGUGAAAUUAGAGGAGAGAUCCUUGCAGCUGCUCUUCAGGGAUUGCUGUUGUUAGGGGGGGAAAGAGCAGAUCUUGUGCUCUCCCCCUGUGUGUGUGUGUGUGCCUAUGAGAAGAUGCAGAGUGCAUUUGGCUGAGCUAUUUGGCUACUCAGAAGCACUGGAAGGCAGACAGAGAGCAAGCAAAAGAAGGAGAGCAGAGGAAGCAGGAACAGGACUGAAGUGCAGAGCAGCUGUGCUCGUUUGCUAAUACUCUGCCACUUCUGGGUGCCUCAGUCAAUGAGGACAUGGAUUCUUUCACUAAAAUCUUCUUCAAGCUGCUGUUUCUGGUCCCUUUUCAUUACUGGAAUAUGUUAGCAGCAGGAAACAAAUAUAAUUGUGAUGAUCAGCUGGUGUCUGCCUUGCCUCAGUCAUCAUUCAGCAGUUCAUCGGAGCUGUCCAGUAGUCACAGCCCAGGAUUUGCAAGGCUUAAUCGAAGAGAUGGUGCUGGUGGCUGGACUCCACUCAUAUCAAAUAAAUAUCAGUGGCUUCAAAUCGAUCUUGGUGAAAGAACUGAAAUUACUGCUGUUGCAACCCAAGGUGGAUAUGGGAGUUCUGACUGGGUGACAAGCUACCUCCUGAUGUUUAGUGACAGUGGAAGGAACUGGAAGCAAUACUGCCAGGAAGAAAGCAUUUGGGCUUUUUCAGGUAAUACCAAUGCAGACAGUGUGGUAUACUAUAAGCUCCAACAUUCCAUCAGAGCAAGAUUUUUGCGUUUUGUCCCAUUGGAUUGGAACCGUAAUGGCCGAAUUGGGAUGCGAAUUGAGGCCUAUGGCUGUGCUUAUAGGUCUGAGGUGGCAGAUUUUGAUGGAAAGAGUUUCCUGCUUUACAGAUUUAACCCCAAAUCCACGACAGCACUAAAAGAUGUAAUAUCUCUGAAGUUUAAAACGAUCCAAAGAGAAGGAAUUUUGCUACACAGAGAAGGACAGAAUGGAGAUCACAUCACAUUGGCACUAGCUAAUGGAAAGCUUUCCUUACUCAUCAACAUAGGUGAUGCUAAAAUAUAUUCUGCUGAUGCCCAGAUUAAUAUCACUCUGGGUAGCCUUUUGGAUGAUCAGCAUUGGCAUUCAGUCCUCAUUGAACAUUUCAAUAAUCAAGUGAACUUUACAGUUGAUAAACACACUCACCAUUUUCAUGCAAAGGGAGAAUUCAAUUAUUUGGACCUUGAUUAUGAGCUCAGCUUUGGAGGGAUUCCAGUGCCUGGAAAGUCAGGGUUGUUACCAUGGAAAAACUUUCAUGGAUGUUUUGAAAACCUUUAUUACAAUGGUGCGAACAUUAUUGAUUUGGCCAAGAGACAGAAACCUCAAAUCAACAUUAUGGGUAAUAUAUCUUUCUCCUGUUCAGAGCCCCCAAUUGUUCCUGUCACCUUUUUGAACCCCAACAGCUAUCUAGCAUUGGCAGGUACAUCAGACCAAGAUGAGAUUUCAAUCAGUUUUCAGUUUCGGACUUGGAACAAUGAAGGUCUCUUGCUGUCAAGUAAAUUAUACCAGUCUUCAGGGGGCCUCCUAAUGUAUCUGAGUGAUGGCAAAGUUAAAGUGAGCCUCUAUAAGCCAGGAAAGGUGCACAGUGACCUCACAACAGGUGCUGAAUUGCAUAAUGGACAGUGGCAUUCUGUUUCUUUGUCCGCUAAAAAGAACCGUGUAAGCUUAGUGGUAGAUAAUGCAACUUCAUCCUCUCAAGUCUCAAUACCUGUACAGAUUCUUUCAGGAAACACUUACUAUUUUGGAGGAUGUCCUGCAUAUGUCAACAGUUCAGAGUGUAAAAAUCCAUUUGGUGGUUUUCUUGGGUGUAUGAAACAAAUUUCCAUUGAUAACAGUGAAGUGGAUUUAAUUUCUGUUCAGCAAAAUUCAAUAGGAAAUUUCAGUGACCUUCAGAUAGAUCUCUGUGGCAUCAUAGACAGAUGCCUACCCAAUUACUGUGAACAUGGUGGUGAAUGCUCUCAGUCCUGGAAUACUUUCUAUUGCAACUGUGCAAACACAGGCUACACAGGGGCUACAUGCCAUUACUCUAUUUAUGAGCAAUCGUGUGAAGCCUAUAAGCACAGAGGGAACACUUCAGGUUUUUACUAUAUCGAUUCAGAUGGGAGUGGUCCCCUGGGUCCAUUUCUUGUAUACUGCAAUAUGACAGACGCCACUUGGACAAUUAUUCAACACAACAACAUGGAAUUAACCAGAGUCAAAAGUGCUAAUCGAGAGAACCCCCACACUGUGAUUUUUAAAUACCCUGUCAUGCUGGAACAGCUUCAGGCUACAAUUAACCAUGCAGAACAUUGUGAACAGGAGCUUGCUUACUACUGCAAAAAGUCACGGCUUUCAAAUAAGCAAGAUGGAAUUCCAUUCAGCUGGUGGAUUGGCAAAAUCAAUGAGACCCAGACAUACUGGGGAGGUUCCAAACCAGAUGUUCAGAAAUGUGCUUGUGGAAUACAAGGCAGCUGCAUUGAUUCCCAACAUGACUGUAAUUGUGAUGCUGACAGAAAUGAAUGGACAAAUGACACAGGCCUUCUCACUUACAAAGAACAUCUCCCAGUAACAAAAAUUUUCAUCACGGAUACAGAUCGACCAAAUUCUGAAGCAGCUUACAAACUUGGGCCUUUACUUUGCUAUGGUGAUCGAGAGUUUUGGAACGCUGCUUCCUUCAACACUGAGGCCUCAUACCUUCAUUUCCCCACAUUUCAUGGAGAACUUAGUGCAGAUGUGUCUUUUUUCUUUAAGACUACAGCUUCCUCGGGAGUGUUUUUAGAAAAUCUGGGAAUUAAAGACUUCAUAAGGAUAGAACUUCAUUCACCGACUGAAGUGACUUUUUCAUUUGAUGUGGGAAAUGGGCAAAAUGAAAUCACAGUGCAGUCACCCACUCCCUUAAAUGACAACCAGUGGCACUAUGUGAAGGCUGAAAGAAAUAUCAAAGAGGCAUCAUUGCAGGUGGAUCAGCUCCCUCAGAGGAUUCACACAGCUCAAUCUGAUGGGCAUAUUCGUCUGCAGCUCAAUAGUCAGCUCUUUGUUGGUGGGACUGCAUCCAGGCAGAAAGGAUUUCUGGGCUGUAUUCGUUCUUUACAGUUAAAUGGCGGAGCACUUGAUCUGGAAGAAAGAGCAAACAUGACCCCAGGCGUAAAACCAGGUUGCCCUGGACACUGUAGCAGCUAUGGUAACAUGUGUCACAAUGGAGGAAAAUGCAAAGAGAAGUACAAUGGAUUCUCUUGUGACUGCACUUUCUCUGCAUACAUGGGGCCAUUCUGUAAGAAAGAGAUCUCUGCAUAUUUUGGAGCUGGCUCUUCGGUGACGUACAACUUCCAAGAAACCUACAGUUUGGCUAAAAACUCAAGUUCUCAUGCUGCUUCGUUCCAUCCUGAUAUGACCUUGACAAGAGAAACAAUUGCUUUCACCUUUCGAACAACACGGAUUCCGAGCUUACUUCUUUAUGUGAACUCUUUCUACAAGGAGUACCUUUCAGUUAUUCUUGCCAGAAAUGGAAGCUUACAAAUAAGGUACAAGCUAGAUAGUCAUCAAGAUCCUGAUAUCUUUAGCAUCAAUUUCAGAGGAAUGGCUGAUGGGCAGCUUCACAGUGUGAAGAUUAACAGAGAGGAAGAAAAAGUCUUUGUGGAGGUCAACCAAAAUGAAAAGAUGAAGUUCUUUCUGUCUUCAGAUACACAGUUCAAUGCAGUCAAAUCACUCAUUCUUGGCAAAAUCUUGGGAGAGAAUAGUGAUGUAGACCCAGAUACCAUGAAGGCAAACUCUCAGGGGUUUAUCGGAUGUCUCUCUUCAGUGCAGUUCAAUCACAUUGCUCCUUUGAAAGCUGCACUGCACCAUUUGAACUCAGUUCCAAUUACGGUGAAAGGGCAUUUCAUGGAAUCCAACUGUGGCACUUUAACAGGAUCUGAUUCAAUGUCAAGUGAAACAACCCAUUCACUUGCAGAUCAUUCGGGACCAAUAGAUGAGGGAGAGCCUUUAGCUAAUGCAAUAAGGAGUGACUCUGCAAUUAUUGGAGGUGUGAUAGCUGUUGUGAUAUUCAUUCUGCUGUGCAUUGCUGCCAUAGCUGUACGGAUUUAUAAAAAGAAAAGUGCAUAUAAAAAAAAGGAGGUGAAGGGAUCAGAAAAUGAGGAUAGUGCUGAGACUGCUCUGAAGACUGAACUCAACGUGCAAAACACAGUCAACGAAAAUCAAAAGGAGUACUUCUUCUGAUUCACCUGUACAAUUUAGUUUAACAAUAAUAAUGUGACAGUCUGACUUUAUUGCUAUGCUGGGGCUCUCAAUGGACAACAUUUAAAAAAAAUAAAAAGGAAAAUUGAAGAGAAAGGAGAAGCUUUUGCACUCAAAGAACAUGCAGAAUGGAAUUGAAACUGGUUAAAGUGAAUACAUUCAUUCUCAUUGAUUGCUAUGGGAGGCCUCUUUAAAGUACAUGCAUUCCUUAGCUAUUAUAACGUAAAUGCAUUUUAUGUAACAGUGAAUUAGAUAUUGUAACCAAUUUCAUUGUUGGUAGUUUUCGGCUGUUCUGCUGUAACUUUCUAGAAUGGAAGUUUAACGUGCAUACUGAACAUGGGUUUUCAAUGGGGGAAAAUGCAGUUUUCUCUUCCUCUCCCUUCACAUUCACUUCCAAUCCUACUCUAAAGAUAUCUAUUUUUACAAGUAUGUCAUUAAAAUGGGCUCUAAUAUUUCUGCGAAAUCUGCAAGCCAAGCAGAGUUAAGCAUACUUAAGACUAUUCAGUUAAUAUGUGUAAGUGUACUUUGCUCAGUAUUGUAUGUUGACCUUGACAAAACACUUUCUAGUGAUUACUUCAAAUAACUGCAGUUGCAAGAGUAAUUUCCACUCACUGAUGAUCAAUUCCAGUGUUUGUUGUUUUAAAAUCAACACAAAAUCUCAUGAACUGUUAUCCCCUCCAAAAUUUGGUCCAACAAAUUGGUCUGUAAGACUGUCUGAUGACUACUGAGACUAAUACACAACACAGAGUUAUUCUGUAAGCCUCACUCCCAUGAUAAAUGAAAUAUGAUUGACAACUUGCUUUUAACUAGUGUUGAGUAGUUGUUCAGUGACUGGACUGAACAACGUUCUAAUGUCUAAUGAAGUCAAACUAUUAACUCUGUAUAAUACCCUUAUAUUGAUCCACUUCUUCUGACCUUAUGUUUUCAGGCCAAUUGUACCAAUGGCAGCAGGCUGCAAACUUUUUAAUGCAUAUUUCUCUUUUUAAAUGUUUAACCACAAAAGAAAAACAAGGUCAUACACUGCAAUUCUUUCACUAUCUGCAUGCAAUGCAGGGAAGAUGUCUGAUUUUUUAAGUGACUGAAGUUUUAAUAUAUUCUGCAUAUAUUCUAACACUGUUGGAAUUGAUUCCCUAUGGAGAGAUUCUACAUUGUUGAAAUAGGUGCCUGGAUACUAGAACCAUGUGACCAAGGCCAACUGCAUGGGUAUUUAUCAUUAUCAUGAUCAAGCAUUCAGUUACAAAUCUACAGGUCAAGUCCAAAAAAUAGCAGUUGAGAAGCUGGAGGCAGAUGGCAUGACAUACCUUGGUUGGUUUUCAUCAGACUUCAGAGCAGUCAAUGCAAGGCAAAAGACACUCUGGAUGGCACCCUGUUAAUGACAUACAGAAACAUAACUUAAUUUUUAUGCCUGAAUAUAACUAUUUUUGUCACUGUAUAGGUUGGUAUUCCCUUCUUCCCUCUGUAGCAAUCAAAUCUCGUCCUGCCCCCCAUAAAUCUACUGUGCAUCUGUUAAACACACCCCAAACAUGUUGUCCCUGGAGAAGGAGCAUGUGUGUCUGUCUGCAGAAGUGUCUGGCUACAUUCUGUUACAGACAUGAGGCAAUUACAUCUGUCACAGAGACCACUGGGAGACUUUAAUAGAUCUCAGUAACUAAUGUAAUCACUUCAUGUUUGGCUAUUGUAACAUAAUCAGAUGCUUCUGUUACUCCCCCGUCCUUCUCCAGGCAUGGAACAGCCACAUGUGUUGUGCUUCAGCUGCUCUAUGGUAGGUUUAGGAGUGGUGAAUCUCUCAGCAUAGUUUAGUUCCACAUGUGGAACUACUAUGCUUCACUGAACCAUGGAGGCUUGCAGCCUUGUGUGUCAAUUUAAGGAGCAAGUUGAUCAGUGUGAGGGAUCAAAACUGAAGCUGGACUGGAUAAUAUUGGUUCUCCAGGUCAUGUGGUCUGGCUGGACUCAGGAAAAGCAUACUCUUCUGGCCCUUAUAUGGAUGGAACUUCAGAAAGACAUAAAGGUAAAGGUAGUCCCUUGACCUAAAUGUCUAGUGGUAACCGACCGUAGGGGGUGGUGCUCAUCUCCAUUAUUAAACUGAAGAACCAGUGUUAUCCAAGGACUGGUCUGGUGGGCAUGUUGCUAGCAUGACUGCACUGAAUGCUGUUACCUUCCCACUGAAGUGGUACCUAUUCAUCUACUUUUAUUUACAGUCUUUCAAACUGCUAGAUUGGUAGAAACUGGAACUAGUGACAGAGUUCACCCCAUCAUGCAGCACUCAAUCCUAGAACUGCCAACCUUCUGAUCUUCCCAUCAUUAGAAUUGGCAUUUUUACCACUAAACCACUGCAUCUCUUUUAAAAAGACAUGAACUAUUUCAGUAUUCCAGAAAGUAUUCCACAAAGACAUAUCAUUCCAGUAUUCAGGUACAUAUCUCACUUGUAUGCAAUCUUGCUAUGGAGAAAAUGUCCAUAACACUAGUGAUAUAUGUUCUUUAAAAAGAAAAGGAGAUGGAGUCUCUAUAUGAGAAGUUACUAAGCUGUAGGAACCUUUUUGUAUCUCUGAAGACUUUGUAUCUUUCAAGACUUAGCAAUCUCUGUGCCAUGCUGCUGGCUUUCUUAUCUUUUCAUCCUAUGGUCCUCUCAAAUUUUUGCACUAGCAAUCUUGGCUAUAAUGGCACAUGAGGCACAUAAUUUAUCCUUUUGUGCAGUUUCACUGAUAAAAUGAAAGAACUGAUACAAUGAACAUUUCAAAUAGCUAAACUUCAGCUUUUUCAAAUGUUCAGUAUACUCAAACUAACCUGACUGUUCAGAUACCAGUUUGGUUCUUGGAUACAGAAAUGUUUGGGAAAAUGUUGCAACAAAUGAAUUUGUUUUGGUGCAUAUAUUUCUCUCAGACAUUCACUUAUAUACCAUUUUCCAAAUGUUGCAAUUAAUUUAUAUAAAAGGUAGUGCUUUCACCCAAAGAUUUGUCCAAUAGUUGGAAUCACCAUCAUUUCCUCUUCAGCCUAAACUACUCCAAAUUUGAUUUUUUUUACCUAACCAUUUUCAUUUUGCAAAGUCUGCUGUCUAACAGUCAUAUGUGAAUUUCCUUUCAGACCUAUUCAUUAUCCAAGCUUCUUCUGCUCUGUUACUCAUCUUCUGUCUUCUGAACAGUGUUCACACAUCACAUACAGAAAACUUGCCACAACUGCCAUAUGUUAGGGCCAAUUCCCAUUUAGAUAUGAGUAUCUCAGUAUUCUUGAUUGACCCUUGCCUUUCCAGUACUCAUUAUAAUCAUAAUCCCUUAUUAUCUAGUACUCUAUAUAAGACUUCUUUUCCCAGCCAAACUACUUUUUCAUUUCCCUUACUAAUGUUUCUCCACUGUUUAUUACAGACAGAACAAUUUUAAUGAAACUAUGAUACUACCACAGUUCACCCAAUGAAGUGGGAAAGAGAGAUAUCACAGCUCAUGGGUGGAUGGCAGCCAGUUUUUAAUUAAUACACGGUUUUUAAUUAAUAUACAACUCAAACAACCCAUUUCAUGACAUUAGAUGUGUGCUUUUCUUUCAUUCUUUUUCUUUCUUUAAAUAAUGGCUGGCAUCCUAUUAGUGACUUACAAUGGCCUAAUUCCCCACCACCAACAACUACUUUAUUGCUAUGGGAACACCUGUCCUCCUGCAUUCAGAGACACGUGGAGAGCAGGGGGCAUCAGAUAAGUGCCUGGUAUAUCCUUAUUGAAUGCCAGCAUGAUAUAGUGGUUUGAGCACUGGACUAAGACCCUAAAGACCAAGAUCCAAUUCUGGCCGCGAAAGCUCACUGGGUGACCUUGGACAAGUCAUACACUCUCAAACCCAUGAUAGGUUUGACUUUGUGUUACCAUAAAUCAGAAAUUACUUGAAGGCACACAUCAACAAAUACAUCUAUUGACAGAUUCAGAACAAUGAGUCAUCUGCUGAAACCUCUGGGCUGUGUGCAUUUGUGGUGCAGGAGAGUCCUGGAAUUUAAAAGAUGUGUUGGAAUGAGAGGAAAAGCAUAACAUAGUUCUACAUGCAGAACUUUUAUGCUAUGUUUUUGCAAUGCGGGGUUGGCACCAAUAGUUUUGAUUGUUAGUAAGGUAAAGGUUUCUUGUUAAGGGUUUUGUUUGUUUUUUGUUAUUGCUUUUUCUUUUGUUUUUUGCCUUAGGGGAAAGUAAACGAUACUUUUGUAGAAAUAUUUUUUGUUAAAUAACAAUUUUGAAAAGAAUCAUGAUCUUAAAACAACCACGAAGAGUGCCCUAAAGAAGAACAGAGAUGUUGUGGCAUCAGCUUUUGAGGGCCACCAUCUGUUUCCUCAGAUGUAUGAUAAAAUUAUAUGCCACAAUAAAUUGUGUUAGCUUUGAACUCUUUGUUGGUUUUGCCGCACUAGAUAAACAGAAAAACGAUGUAGUUUUUCAGGUUGAACUUUUGUUCAGAUUCUCAAGAAUGACGCCAUGAUGCUAGUGUAUAAAAACUUGCAAGACAUCUGAAUUUAUAAAAUCCAUACAUUUUGUUUGUUUGGGUUGCUAUUUUUUAAUCUAAUGUGUUUUGUCGUCAUGCUGCCUUACUGUGUUUCAUGCUAUAUUUUAUCAUGUAAAAUUCUUUCUUGGAUGCUUUUCUAUCUUCUGCCGACAAAAAGAGAAAUACUGAAAGCACAGGGCCAGCCUCAGGCCCGUUGGUUUCAGUGAAUGAGCUUGGAUUCCUCCACAUCAAUUUUAUUUUAUUGCUAUUGUAACUCACUCUCUCUCAAUCUCUUUCCUAGAAAAAGACUAGAAAUAACCAAUCAAAUUGCUAAUUAAAGAUCAAGCACUUAAAAUCAGUCAUUGCCCUUUAACCAGCUUUCAAAGACACCUAUUACAUACUUAUUUAAAAAGAAAGAAAGAAAGAAACUGCAACUAUGAAUCAGGACAAACUGAAAAUUACAAUUGCCAUAGAUUUCUUUUUAUUAUGUUUACUAACAUACAUGAAGUAUAUGCCAUUUCGAUAAAUUAAUACCUUAAAGGAAUCAUUAUCUAAAUUUGGGUACUAAAUUUGAGGUAAAAUAAUAAUUCAGAAGGCCCCCUUCACCCUGUGUAAAAGAGAACAGAACAUGAUUUGGGUGAGGAAAGCCCUUCACAGAAUUGCUGGACCAGGGACGUAGCUAGGAUUUUUGGAAGGGGGGGGGGUCCAGACUAAGUGCCACCAUUAUAAUGGGGCUUGAGUGCGGCAGCGCAGCAGCAAACACCAUUCAUUUUUCUAAUGGAAGGGGGGUCCAGACCCCAAGAACCCCCCCCUUGGCUACGUCCCUGGAUGGACUUUAACUCCCAUCAUCCUUCACCACUGUCUGUUACUAAUGGGAGCCAUAAUCUAACAACAUGUGCAGGAUCACAUAUCCUCUGCCCUAGUAUAGAAAGGAAAGGAUAAUACAUAUCAUAGGAAGGGGGAAAAACUCUUUUUUGUUUGUUUCUUUUAUUUGAAAAAUUUAGAAAUGGUUUGAUUGACUGCUUAUUUGUCUAUAAUUGUAUAGUGUAAAAUAACUGACUUUCUUACAGGCAGCUAAUAACCAUAAAUAUUUUGGAAGCCAGAUUUCACAUAUACAUAUACACAGUUGUACCUUUCUAGGAAUGUGUCACAGGACAGUACUAAAAUAUGAAAACAUUUAGAUGGGCCCAGGCAAAUCUAGAAGUACCUGCUUCCUUUAGGCCUAUGUUCAUGCAAAGACUGUAAAUAACGUAGUUCUAGACUGACACUGGGGAAACUCAUUAUAUGAUGACAGGGCCUUUUUAUAAAUAUCGUCAAAUUCUCAAAUUUUUCACAAAUGCCAUUUUCUCUUCUACGCUGUGCUGAGUUUUGGUUGGUUUGUUGAUCUAGUCACUUACAUGUAAGUCCAAGUUUGUUGGAAGGUCGCAAGAUUCAUAAGUGACCUAUAAAAUAUUUACAAAUUCAGAAGGAGUGAGACAGCUUUAGCAAUAUUUUGCUCCUACCUUCACAGCUGAGCUGAGGAAGCAGUGGCUCUCUGGAUGCUGUUGGAUUUUACAUCCCAACAUCUUUCACCAUUGCCUACACUAUGUAAUGCUGAAGGGAUUUGCAUCUCAGCACCAUUUGGAGGGGCAUAGCUUCCUCCCCCUGCUUUAUAGGGGUAAUAUAAUAUGGCCUAGUUUUCAGUGACGUAGUAAACAAGUGUUUGGGCUGUAGCACUUUACACUGCAGUGAAGGUUUACCUGAAUGGAUUUUUUCCAUGCCCUCCUCCCUCCAAAAAUCAUAUGUAAAACCAGCAUGUCAGAGGUAGGCACCUGAUAUUACAGGGAAGUUGCUGAAUACUUCAGAGUGGCAUUUCAUUGAAAUCUGGGUCACUAUGGGGAAUUAAAUUUACUGCUCCCAGCCUGAAGUGAUUCAAUGAUGUAAGAGGGGCUCACUAGAGAAUAGUUUUUCUGCCUCAUGCCUCCCCUCCAUGAAAUACGCUAACCUAGCUUUCUCCCUCAAACGCAAAUUUCCUAAGUGGAUUUUUUUAAAAAUGAAGUAGAACUCCAUUAUAUGAUAACCCUUGCAUUUCUAGCAGAGUCCAGAGACCACAAUGGCGCAUUCUACAGUAGUACAGCCCAAAUGCCACAGGGAGAACUAGACCAAUGGAAUGGUGACAUCAAAGUGCAUUGACCCCUUCUAAACUAUCAUUGUCCCUUACCAGAUACUUUUGCUCCAGUUUGUAAGCUACUGCCUCUCUGUUAAUAAAGAUUCGAUUUCUAAACUAAA